GAAUUGUGGGGUUUAUUUCGUCCGGCAAGCCUCGGCGAUCGCAAAGUCAAGACAAAACCAUUUGUUUGUGCAUGGUGACGAACGACUGGAACGACUUCUGCAACUAGAUUAUACGACAGUAUGGUGCACGCCGAUUCAUCUACGUUUGCCCAUGGCAUGAGCAAAAAGGAGGUGUAUGAACAGGUUUUGGAGCAAGCGAGGGCGCUGUUUGAUGGGCAGAGGAAUUGGGUACGUGUUUGCGAGACGACCAACUUCUCAAACGCAGCUUCCCUCCUCUGGCAUGCUUACCACUCACUACCAGCUCCUUCCUCAGCCGUCAAUUGGGCAGGUUUCUACUUCACCGAUCCGUCAAAUCCUUCGCAGUUGCUGCUUGGUCCUUUCCAAGGGCAGGUAGCGUGUCAGGUUAUUGCCUUUGGGCGCGGCGUCUGCGGGAAGGCGGCUAAAGAAGCGACGACGCAAUUGGUAGAAGAUGUGGAAAAGUUCCCAGGACACAUUGCGUGUGAUGGGGCGAGCCGGAGUGAGAUUGUUGUUCCGAUUGUCAAGGACGGGAAGGUGGUAGCGAUUAUCGACAUUGAUUGUGCGGAGCUCAAUGGAUUUACGACACAGGAUCAAGAGGCGCUGGAGGAGCUGGCCCAACUACUAGCUGAGUCAUGUGAUUUUUAAGAGAAAGCGACGACUGUGCUAAGGGCAUGAUUUUGGUGACACGAAUGCGUCACUAGGAGCGAGAAAAGAGUAAAAAUGGCCCAUUGCAGGAUAUGGAGUAAAAACGAAAGGCAUUGAUGCGCAUCAUGAAGACAAAGACAUUGUACGGGAUUUUAGUCAGGGUUGAAACAAGCGGAGGAUUGUAAUAAAGGUAUCGAACUUUGGGACACAGGGAAACAAUGGAAUAUAAACAAAAGGAUACCCAUUCGAAUGAAAAGCAU